AUGUCCUCAACGCCGAUGGACAUAGAUAGGUCUAAUACACCAAAUGGCGCAUCGCUCAACAUCCACCGCACCAUCGGCACCACCGCCUCCGUGUCCAAUCUAUCCGAUGUCAUAGGCAGCUUUCGUCCUACCAAGCUCUUCCGACGUGAUGAUAUCAAGGACAGUCGUCCACAGCCUCAUGUACUGUCCCUCGACUACGAUGACGAAGGCCAACUCGUCAUGGCCUCGGCCAGCGACGAGACGAUACAGAUCUACCACGUCAAAGAGGGCAGACACGACAAGAGCCUAGUCAGUAAAAAAUACGGAGUGAAGCUAGCCAAAUUCACACACACAGCUUCAAGCAUAAUCUAUGCCAGCACAAAACAGAACGGUAGCUUAUUCAAAACUUUUGAAUGUUACGCUAUCCGAUAUCUUGCCACACACGAUAAUUCAUUCAUCAGAUACUUUGAAGGUCAUGAGGGACCUGUAACUUCACUGGCUGUUCACCCGGGCAGCGACAACUUCAUCUCAUGCUCACACGAUAAUACUAUGCGCCUCUGGGACACUCAAACAAAAAACUGCCAAGGUCAACUAUUUCUUCGAGCACCCUACCUCGCCGCAUACGACCCCUCUGGAACUGUGUUUGCCGUCGCCUGUACGAGUAGCGGCACGGUACUACUCUACGAUGCGCGAAACUAUGACAAAGCUCCUUUUGCGACGGUUGAUGUCGUUGAACAGUGCAGGACAGUAGAUUCGCAAUGCCUCAACAAGGGAUGGACAAAACUCGAGUUCUCAAAUGAUGGAAAGUCGUUACUUGUUGGAACUCGUGGUAAUGGACACUUCCUCCUGGACGCUUUCGAGGGCACCCUGAAAGCAUAUCUUCACAAGCCAAACGGCGGGACUCGACGAUUAGCUGUGGGAGAAACAGCAUCGGGUGUUAGCACAUCGUCAGAUUUUUCAAACAUAGAGAGCAGCGGCGAGUGCUGUUUCGCUCCCGAUGGGCGCUAUGUUCUGAGUGGCUCCAAGAAGGACGUCCUGGUCUGGGAUACUAUGGCGGCUCCCAACGAUAACAAAGUCCUGGAGCCUAGCUGGACUCUGCCUGAUAAGAGAGAGGCAGCUGUCCUAGCCUUCAACCCUCGGUACAACUUCUUCGCCACGGCUGACCAGGAGCUGUUGUUCUGGCUGCCCGAUCCUCAUGCCUGA